GACGAGCAAUUAGCAACGGUCCACAAAUCGAGGCUCUAAUUGAAAUGCGUCUCCGGUGUGAGAAGAAAAACAGCAGAUGAGGCAACUCUUUUGGAAAAAUGUUGCCAUCAGGUUUGUGUUUGUGCCUUUUAGGCAUUGAGAAGAUUUUUUUUGUUUUGUUUCCAGCUGAGUUAAUGAGCCAUUUUUUCCUCUUGGAUGAAAGUUGGAGAAACGGAGACACCCAGCGGACAAACGCUGCCACUACAGCUAAUAAAACGCACACAGCGGGCGGGUAGAAAGUGAAACUAGAAGCAGAUAAAAACAGUUUGAGGAGUUUGUGUAUAGCAACCAGAGGCGUGAUUGGCGCGGUAGCAGCUAGCUGUGAUGUUAGCCGAGCUUUACCUGUGUAGCCGUGAUGGAGACUGAGCGCAGGACGGUGGUGGUGUCCGGGGUCCCCGACGUGUUGCCCCCCAGCAGGAUGACGGACAAGCUGACUAUUCACUUCCAAACCCGCCGGAGGAGCCACGGAGGGGACGUGGAGGUGGUCGAGUAUCCCACCAGCAUGAGCGGAGUCGCGUUUGUCACCUUUUACAGGGAAGAAGAUGCAGAGAGGGUGGUGAGAAAGGAGCGACACAUCAUGGCGGACAGCGAGUUUCCUGAAGACUACGAUCUCACCGUGUUUCUCUUCAGCAGAGACGUUUUUUGCUACGUCUCCAGCGCUACAGUCGACCUCUUAAUAUUUGGCAGCGAUCAAGCGACGCUGAUUGAGAGUCUGCGUUCAGCUCAUAGGUCGAUACGUUUCCGGCCUUUGCCUCAAGAGAGGAAAGCCCUCAUCGAGGGGCCUUUCUCCGCCGUCCGGGCUCUAAGACACGACCUCAUCCGCAGAGCCGGACGCCUUAAAUCCUCCAAACUCAGAGGUACUCCUCCUAAUCCGAGGGUAAUAUCUCCCCCUGUGAGCCACGGUCUCUCUAAAGCCGAGCGGGAGCCGCUGGGGUCGAGCGGCUUAUCGCCGCCGCCGCCGCAGCAGAGCACGGGUGAGGCGAGUGAAGUCCAAAGCCGGCGCUCAAAAGCAAAAGCUCAAACCGCUCCUCGGAGGCAAAAAGUUUUAGAUGAGAGCGUGGCUCGGGGAGGAAGCUAUGAAAACGGAGCUGUGCCCAGGGUAGAAAUGUUCAGUGAAUAUACGAGGGAGCAAAUGAAGGCCAGUGGAGUGGACGCAGGGAUCAUAUCUUCCUUAUCAGGCCUGGAAACAUCAGCCAUGAAGCCAGAAGAGGAGGCGGUUUCACAAAACCACACCAGCUCCCGCUACGACUUUCUGGAAAACCUGAGCAGCUCAUCGGUGAACAGACUUAAAAAUACCUCAACAUCCAUCCAGGACGAUCCCAAGGAUGUGGAGGACAUCUGGGUGGACUCGUGCACCUUCAGAUACCUCCAAACGUUUCACAAGACGCAGUUAGACGGAUGUUUAAAAAACGCGUACGUCGUCGAAGGAAGAGACCUCACGCGGAUCGCGUUGACCGGAAGUCAAACGUCCCGUUCCGCGUCCAGGCUCCGGGAAUCCUUGGAAAACCUCAAGGAUUUAAUGGAUUCGUGGCAGUCGAAGCUAAGAGUUCACGAGGUGCCUUACAGCAAGGCAGAGUUCCCCGACGAACGGGAACUGGCUCGAAUCUGUGACAGUUUGCAUCAUAAAGACGUUCUUUACACAUUUGAGGAUUCUUGCAUCAGAGUCGUCGGCCCUUCUUGGUCAAGUCACCUCUUCUGUGAGAUGGUGAAAAUAAAAAUCCGUAUACUCAAAGGAAUGGUUGUAAAACCUUGAGAUUUAAGAGAUGUAAUUAUAUCUGUGACCACAAGGUGGAGCAGUUGUGCUUUCACAAAAAAAAAGGUACUGAAAUCAUAUUAAUUUAUAGUUUUAUAAUAUAUAUAGUUUUAAUUGCUGUCAGAUAAUAUGUACCAGACUAAUCAGAAUAAAACUGGUUGUCGCUCUCUCUUUGUUUC